AUGGUGCACUCAGCAGCCCUGCAGUAUCGCCACAACGCGGUCCUCAACCGCCUCGCGACAGCAGUCGCUGGGCGGCCAAGGAGAGGAAACGCUGCUGUUCCUGACAUCAGGAUUAACCAAGCCGUCAUAGGGGACAGCAGUGGGCUGCGUCCGGACCUCGUAAUAACCGACGAGGCCGCGAAGACUGCGACCAUCGUCGAUGUGACAAUCCCCUUCGAGAAUAGGCGGAUUGCGCUCGACAACGCUCGGCAACUGAAGAGGAUAAAGUACGCCGACGUUGCGCGCGGAUUAGCCGCUCGCGGCUAUUCCGUCACUGUCGACGCCCUGGUUGUCGGCAGUCUGGGUGCGUGGGACCGCCAGAACGAUGCAGUGCUUCGGCACCUAGGCAUCGCUAGCCGCUACUGCCAACUGAUGCGGCGGCUGAUGGUGUCUGACACCAUCAAGUGGUCCCGCGACAUUUACGUGGAACACAUUACUGGCCACCGCCAGUAUGUGUCCCCCUAGAC